AUGUCCAUUGAAGAUUAUGAGGUUCUAAUUUUCGAAAUCUAUGAAGCUUAUUUCUCCAAACAGGCUGCAGCAGCGCAGAAGGGUUCUGCGGAGUUUAAGGUUAAAACUGCAGUAGUCGAGGGCAAAUACAAUGGAGAUGACCGGCACUUGCAAGCAGUGCCACGAGGACCUCAAGGCCAAGGUCGCUUUUCUCACCACCCCCAGCCAGCUUCCUUCUCCGACACGGCUCUGUCCAUGCCUCUGUACCCGUUACUGCCCCUAAGGCCAUUUUGCGCCAUGUUUGAGAAUGAGAUGGAAGAAAGUCUGAGUGGCACCAUCAAGACAGUCGAUGUGUCCUACGGCACCCUUCGUACCUUUGUCAACUACCUCUACACAGCAGAGGUGGUAUGCCUUGACCAGCAAUUGGCCUGUGAUCUCCUAGUAAUGGCUGACAAAUACCAGGUGCAGCAUCUCAAAGACUUGUGCCAGAAGUUCUUGGAGUCUAACCUCAACUGGGACAAUUCACUUUCAACCUACACCUUCGUGCAUCAGCAUAACGCCAAGCAGAUCAUCAACCUAGCCUUGACGUUGAUCACAGACAACAUGGACAAGCUUACUACCAGGGAGGAGUACGCUGAGCUGAAGGAGAAAGAUCCGCGACUAGUAUUCGAAAUCUAUGGAGCAUGGAAAACCAUUUGUUUCCUCCGAUGUGGGAUAAUUUGCUUUCAAACUUCCAACAAUAUACCCUUCCUUCCUUACAAGCUCCCAACAAAGGCGAGUAGUCAGAUAAAGGGCAACAUUGUCCCUAUUUAUUUUUAUACGAAUGAUAUUGGAGCAAGCAAGGAACUUAAACAUAGAAGAAGAAAAGAAAAGAAAAGUGGCGGACUACUUCCAGACGAAGGAAACUACGUACCAUAA